CCACGCACCAUGUCGAUACUCUACCGGUGCAAGUCCUACCUUGUCCGGAGCUCUUAUGUAAGCACCCCUAGCUGCAUCAUCAGCACCUGCCCGCCGAUCUGUGGCCCAUAAUACGGCUAGAGAAGGACGAAGAAUACGUCACCAGCUGCAGCGGAUACCGUGUCAGCUUCUUGUCAUUCUUCAAGCCGCCGUCUCCAACUCAAGCAGCGUUCUUCGUCUGAUCAUUAUGACUCUCAAGCUCUACGCCAACCUCAUCAGCCAGCCUUCUCGCUCUGUUGCCUGGGUUCUCAAGGUCAAGGGUGUUGACCACGAACUCGUGCCAGUGCUUCCGGGCAGCGACUUUUUCAAGUCGGACGAGUUCAAGGCGAUCAACCCCAACCGUCUCGUGCCUGCCAUCAAGGACGACGACUUCGUGCUGACCGAGGGCAUGGCUAUCCUGCAGUAUCUGGGUGACAGGUACGAUUGGACCGGCCCGAAGGAUCUGUACCCUAAAGACCUCAAGACCCGCGCCAAGAUCAACGAGUUCCUGCACUGGCACCACACCAACACUCGUCUGUUCACAUUGAACAUCGUUCGACCGGAGAUCGCUAAGAAACUAAACGCCGAUACGCCCAAGGAUCAGGCUGCAUUGGAGGGUAAAGACGCUCUUAUUGAGAAGGAGUGCACUCUGCUGGAGACCUUCCUGGUCAACGAUUUCAUCGCACACACCGACUUCCCUACUAUCGCUGACUACACAGCUUACUGCGAGAUCGACCAGCUCGAGCUUAUGGGCUACGACUUCUCCAAGUACCCCAAGGUCUCUGCCUGGAUCGCUCGCAUGAAGACCCAGCCGUUCAACGACGAGAUCCACGAACCGCUCAAGGGAUUCCUGACGAAGUUCGGCCUGCUCGCCUAAGCGACAGCGAUAGAGAUCAGUAUAAGCGCGUCUCCAUAAAUUGAUUCUUCUCCCUUAUUGCAGUGUUCUUGUGUUGUCAAAAACAACUUAGAAGUUCCUAUGCUGCGUUAUCGUGUCAUACAG